AUGCUCUUCGCCUGCGGAGCAAUCAUAUUUCCUCUCCCAUUCCGAAGCAGUUCAAUAUCAAGCAAUUCCGAAAAUGACGAACCGUUGCGAAGCAAGUCGCGAGUUUCGCUCCCGGAAGCUGCGAAGAUCUCCACAGCGGAUAAGCUCAUGGUGAACUUCUUGUUUCUCGCUGAUUUCCUCAUUUCCGUUACGCAAAUAGUGAGCCAGGCCAGUGCCGUGGGCAACACACCAGCGUUGACUGCUUGUCCUCCUCCGGGUUCCACUCUCCGUCGCUCUCCGAUUAAAGUGUGCGACUUCCCUGUGAUCGAAAUCCCAUCAGUGCUUUCGAAGCUUGUCAAGGCCCCGUGGACUUCGGAACGCGAAAUUGCAGUCGGUGUCUGUCAAGACUCUAGGGACGGGGUCGGAGUCGGGGCUUGUGUUGCGAAAGCGGCUUUAAUCGCGUGUUCGCUCCGAGUCCACAACUCGCGAAACUUUGAAGACUUAUUGAAGAGAAUCACUCAUAUUUUAUGCUACGAGCGAUCGAACAUGUGUAAUCAACUCACCGAGUUUCGGGUAACCGUAGACGAGCACGCAACCAACAGCGCCGGUGGCGGCAGCCCGGAGCGGGCCCAGGAGAGCACACGUGCACAAGUCCGCCUGUGGACAGACAGUCAAAAGGAAGAAAAAUUGUCGCUGAAAGACAUGAAGUGCUGGGUGGUUCUGGUACUGCUGAUACUAAAGUCUUCAUGGGUGGCGUGUAUUGAGGCGGCCACUAUUACCCACUACGAGUAUACCGGAGAUAUGGGAAACGAAGGACUGAGCUUCGUCGACUCGUUUCCUGAUGAAAACAUUCUCUUCUCGCGGCCUUCCAGGUCGAAAGAGCCAAUGUGUGGCCUGGUAACUGGGCCGAAGUUCAAAAAAUGCGAGCAGGGUUUCUGCGCAAUCAGAGAGGCGUCGCGUCGGGAUCAUCCCUGGCACGCCGCGAUUUUCCGGGACCGAAACCUCUACGUUUGUUCCGGUGUCCUUGUGCGUCGAGACUGGGUUCUUUCGACGGCAACCUGCGUCUCGGGAAUCGCAGAAAAGCGCCUCAAAGUACGCAUUGGGUCCGUAUCCAUUCGCGGACUGUCGGACGGUGACGCGUGGGAGUCCCCAGUUGCGGACAUCAUUUCGCAUCCUCAUUUCAGUCCGUACUACAUGCAGUAUGACGUAGCCGCGUUGCGCCUACUGCUUCCCGUCGAUUAUGAGAACAGACCAUACGUGAGACCGAUUUGCUUGCCAUUUUCUGCAAGAGAUUUUUCCAGAUAUGACUGCGUGGCAGCUGGCUGGCAUGCCUCACCCUCGAAGGAAAUUUCGGAGACAAUUCACGAAGAUUCGAUGGCCUUCGAACCGAAGUUGGCCCACGUGCCGUAUUCCAUACUGAACGGGUACCAGCUGGACGAAGAUGGCGUCAGUGUGACGAGGAAAUCGUAUCGAAAGCUGUUGCUCGAAGCCGCAGUCAAGCUGACUAGCGAAGAAACGUGUGUGUACGCAGCUCAGGUCAGAGAAGAGCGGUUCAUUUCCGACGGCCUGCGAGCUGGCCAGGGAUGUCUGGCUGGUUACGAGCCAGAAAAUCUCUGUAUUCCUGAUGCAGGAUCAGCUGUAGCUUGCCUGGGUACAGGAAAUGGCUUAUUUAUGCCUGAAGGAGGUGCGUAUCCGACUGCGAGACCUGAUGUUCCAUGCACGCCAUAUCCUCAGCUGAGAAUGAGCCAGUUACUUCGUGCACAACGGAGUCACGAAGAAAAGCCUCAGUAUUUUCUCGCGGGAUUAACAACGUUUGUGGCCGGCUGUGAGGUCGACGACACGCGGCCACCGAUUGCCAUUUUUACUGAUGCCAAAAUUGUGUCUGAGUUCAUCCGCGACCUGAUCCUGUGAUUUCCUUGUUAUUUUUGCUCAAACGAUCCGGGAAAGGAAAGAGGGAACUAUUUUGUUCGCAAGUACAGUAAAGUGAAUCUUCCGAGUCAUCUA